GUGAUCAGCUGUUCAUGUAUUUUGAUGAUUGUUGUUUUUACUCAAAAUGUGCAAUAGUGUUUUAUAACAAUUAAUGAAUGAAAUUCUAUUUCAUAUAUAAUAUAUUUUAUAUAAAUAAAUUUUCGGCGUCGUUCACUUUUAAUAAAAAUGUUAAUAUAUGCUUUAGGAUUUAGUAAAUCGUUAAGCCGUUAUGGAUCGGUAUUACUUGCAAAAAAUUUAAAUAAAAUUCCUACAUUACCCACCACAUUCAGUAGAAGUAUUCUAACCGCUAAUAGAAAUGGACACCUGUUAUUACGAAGCACGAGGCACCCGUUGCAACCUUUACGAUUUCAAGGUACAACAAUUAAAACGACACAACCAAAGGUUAAAUUAAAAAGCCAAGACGUGAUGAGAUUAUUAAGCUUAGCAAAAUCUGAAAAAUUAGUUCUUACAGUUGCUAUUGGCUGUUUAGUGAUAUCAUCCGGUAUUACCAUGUGUGUUCCAUUUGCACUUGGUAAAAUAAUGGAUAUUAUUUUCAACAAAGACGAACAGAACGUUAGCAAAACAUUAGAAAGUUUAAAACAAUUUUCGUUAAUAUUAUUAGGUGUUUUUAUAGUCGGCGGAUUGGCUAAUUUUGGACGAGUUUACUUAUUCAAUGCUGCAUCUCUUCGCAUUGUUAAAAAUUUACGUUCACUUUUGUAUCGACGCAUGUUACAUCAGGAGUCAUCUUGGUUUGACACGAAAGGAAGUGGAGAGCUAGUUAAUCGGUUAUCGAAUGAUGCCUUCUUUAUAGGCAAUGCACUGAGUCAAAAUGUGUCAGAUGGUUUACGUUCUAUAGUGAUGGUUGUUGCAGGAACCGGCAUGAUGAUUUACACAUCACCAGAACUUGCGCUUAUAAGCACCGCCGUUGUUCCAUGUUUGGCUGGCAUGGCUAUUAUCUAUGGACGAUUUGUACGCACAAUCACGAAAAACUUGCUAGACAAAUUUGCAGAUAUAAUGAAAUCUGCCGAAGAACGUUUUGGUAAUAUUAAAACAGUAAAAACAUUUAGUAAGGAAAAUGAGGAAAGUAAAUUCUUUGACGAACAGUUAACAGAUGCACUUCAAAUUGGCUAUAAAGAAGUCAAAGCACGUUCAAUUUUCUUUGGUUUGACUGGUUUCUCAGGAAAUGCCAUUAUAAUUUCUGUCCUUUACUAUGGAGGUAGCUUGGUAAUGCAAGAUGCACUUACUGUUGGUGCACUGACAUCAUUUAUAUUAUAUGCGGGUUAUUCAGCAGUUUCAAUAAAUGGACUUUCUAAUUUUUAUACUGAACUGAACAAAGGUGUAGGGGCUGCUCAACGUAUUUGGGAAAUAAUUGAUCGUAAACACACAAUCCCUAUUGAUACCGGCUUAGAGCCCAUUCAAAGAGUCGAAGGCAGAAUAGACUUUCAAAAUGUAUGUUUUACUUUUCCUGAACGAAUAGAUAGUACCGUACUGAAAAAUUUAAAUUUAACGCUAUGGCCUGGACAAACAACGGCUGUGGUUGGAAGAAGUGGUUCUGGAAAAUCUACUAUAGCAGCUUUACUAUUGCGUUUAUACGAUCCACAAAGUGGUUGUAUACUUUUAGAUGGUAUAGACAUAAAACAAGUGAACCCCAUUUGGUUGAGAAGUCAUAUAAGUGCUGUACAACAGGAACCAGUUUUAUUCUCCGGCACCAUAAGAGAAAAUAUACUAUAUGGUGCUAUUCCAGGCACAGUAGUAAGUGAAGAAUUAUUUCAGAAUGUUAUACGCAAAUCAUAUGUUCAUGAAUUUGCUCAACAUUUACCCGAUGGGCUUAAUACUUUAGUUGGCCAACGCGGUUUAUUAUUAUCUGGUGGACAAAAACAAAGAGUUGCCAUCGCUAGAGCUUUAAUUAAACAACCAUCUGUUCUUAUACUUGAUGAAGCAACAAGUGCACUUGAUUCUGUAUCAGAAGAAUUAGUACAAAAGUCCUUAGAGAACAUAUCCAAAGGACUUACUGUACUUACUAUAGCUCAUCGAUUAAGCACAAUACGUAACGCGCACAAAAUUGUUGUUUUAGAUAAUGGAAGCGUUAGUGAAGAAGGCGAUUAUGGACAAUUAAUGAUAUCAGAGAAGGGCACUUUCAAGGAACUUAUAGAAAAGCAAACAUUUGAAUUAAAGUCUGUUGUUUAAAAUAUUUAUCGUAAUUUUAGUGGAAAUUGGUGUCGUUAAGUUUAUAAAAAAUAUGUACAAAUUUGUAAAAACAA